ACAACUGGAUGAGUCCGAUUUGCCCUGCAAUGAGGCCCUGUUCAAGAGAGAAGAGAGCACCAACACUUUUGCAUUCCGUGCUUUCGAGCCACAAUCCACAAAUCCACAAAACCAACAACACCGAAGCAAACCCCCAUAUCGGUCCUCGAUCUUUCCUCUUAGAUAGAUACAUCGUUUUUAGUAGCAAAAGAUGGCCACCACCACAACCACCACAACCACCACCACCACCACAACGACAACGACAACGACGGCCCAGUCCAGCCCCAGCCGCGGAAAGCAGCCGCUGACUGAAGAUCAGUUGAAAUCCAUGAUGUGUUCGGCCGACACUGAAGAUCGGUUGAAAUCCAUGAUGUGUUCGACCGACACGGCCACGCUGUUUGCGUCGACGGACAUUGCUGCUCUUUUCACUAGCGCCGACUCUAUCAUGAGCUUGGGCUUGCCUCCUCUAGGCCAUCCGGGGGCGCCAUCUUCUGAUGCGGCUAAGCAAGAUGCCGAAGAGCACUUCAGGAGCAUCGACAUGGUCGCCGGCCUGGUGGCUGGAACAAUCCCCCCUGUUAGCUCUCAGUCAUUCCUCAUGAACUUUAUGAGUAGCCGUGACUCUCUUUUUGGUAGCAGGGAUGUCGGCUACGACGCGUUUCCUCUCCAUCCCCUUCCUCCCCUUGACACUGGGUCCACUGAGGGUCAGAAGCACGACUGCCGACUUCCAGGCAUCUAUGGAAGCAAGGAUUGGAUGAGCCAAUACACGGGAAACCACAGGGACAUUGAAUACACUGAGCAAGUGUUCAAGACGGGUGAGCAGCCCAUCACAACAUCACACCCUUCCGCAGCUGUGGUGUCUGACUGCGACAGCAGCAACAGCAAAUGGCAGAACAUGUACGCCGCGACACUCGCCAACCCCAUCGCGCCUUCUCCUGCUCCAGCCAAGGCAACAGUCGCAGUCGCCCCUUCCAAGAAGACGUCACAGAAGAAGAAGUGCCCCAGCCGCCGCUCCGAGCCCAAACACAAGGAAUAUGUCGAGCCAAACGAGCUCGAUAUCUUGAGUGGGCGCGGAGGCAAGUCCAACAAUUGGCCUGGCAAUGAGCGCUACCGCCAGGCCAUUGAAGACGCCAAACCCCGGUACCGAGAGUGUCAAAAGUACGAGAAGACAAUCCUGAGUCAGGAUAUUGUCGAGGAGAUGAUGACCGAGGGGCGUCGUUUCCUCAAGCUGGAUGAUAGCAACAGCCGAUGGUACGUCAUCCCCAAGUUGGCAGCCCGUCGCAAGGCCGGGCAAGCCUUGAGGGAACAAAACACCCCCGAGAGCCGCGCGGAGAAGCGUGAGCGCUACCGAAAGGCUGAAUAGGGAUACAAACAGGAAUAGUAGCAAUCGCAGAAGUAGUUUUUUAAUUAAAAGAGUUAAGUGUGUAAAUUACUGACCAGGAGCUCGUCCU